GAAAAGAAUCCAUAAUGCAUAAAACUGAAAAUGGAAAAGAGGGAAAACGGAAAAAAAAAAUGAAAAGUAUCCCACCAUCCCCCAUUAAUUUAAGAGAAAAGACUCAAGAAGAACAAGUCUAAGAUGUUCAAGUCAAAUGAAUGGAGGUUUCCACGAAAUGUGGUAAAUGAAAAUCAUAAAUAAACAAUCACUAAUACUAACUCGUUACUUAUAUUAUAUAUAGAGAAGGAAGUUAGUAAGAUUGUUGAGCAGUGCUUUAAAGCGAAAAGAGGCUAAAUUUCAGUCAACGGGGUUGUUGAUUUCAUUUCUUGAUUUAUUUGAAGCUCAGAAUCAUGUCUGAUAUCCUUAAAGAAGCUUGGCAAAAAUAUCUAACUGGACUGCAACUCCAUCCUCUUAGAACGAAGGCAAUCAGUGCUGGAGUUUUAGUUGGAUGCAGUGAUGUAAUUGCCCAGAAGAUUUCUGGGGUCAAAAGGCUUCAGUUCAGAAGAAUACUUCUUCUAAUGCUCUAUGGAUUUGCAUAUUCAGGACCCUUUGGGCAUUUCCUGCAUAAAUUGAUGGAUAUCAUAUUUCAAGGGAAGAAGGGUAACACAACAGUUGCUAAAAAGGUUUUGUUGGAACAGUUGACCUCAUCUCCUUGGAACAACUUCUUUUUUAUGAUGUACUAUGGCUUGGUUGUUGAAGGAAGGCCAUGGGGUCUUGUGAAAAACAAGGUUCGGAAGGACUAUCCCUCUAUACAACUGACUGCAUGGAAGUUUUGGCCAAUUGUUGGCUGGAUCAACUACCAGUACAUGCCCCUGCAGUUCCGCGUUCUAUUCCACAGCUUUGUUGCUUCAUGCUGGGCAAUUUUCCUGAAUUUGAAGGCUAGAUCAAUAGCAGCUAAGAAGGACUGAAGCUUAUGAAGGGUUCAUUUGCAUUUUCUCUCCUUUGUCAGUGGUUGUCAAGUUUUGACUUUGACAGUCGUUGUAAUUCUAGUCAGCAGAUUCUUCAAUUUGAAAGUUUUAACUUAUUUUGACGAGGCACCUACAUUAUGUUAUAUUUUCCUACGUCUUUUGUGAAUGUUGUUUGCUUGGAAACAUGGUAUAUGUAUUGCAAGUAUGAGUUCAUUAUGAACUUAAUUGAGCUUCGAGUAUCAAAAUUAAAGAAUAGUACAGGUUGUAUGCUUGAGGCGCAAGAGCCGGUGUUUAAAGAUUGUCCCCGUUUAAGAAAUUUGUGCAAAUAUAGACCCAACGGAGAACUUCUCCUCCUUCCAUGUUCUUCUUUUUCAUCA